AUGAAAGAUAUUGCAUAUUCAUGGUGUCAAGCUCAUCCCGAACUUGUUAAGGCGCUCCCUUCUCAAUAUCGUUACCCGAUCGGAAGGAACGACAGUCAGUCAAUCUUCUAUUUGGUCUCGCACAAUGAAUAUAUUCUCGUUUCCACAACCGAUUCGACUCCCCUCCUCUCCUCCGCCUCCGUCAAAAGCGUGAACGGCUCCACUCUGCACAUUGCCCUUCAUCAUCCUCUUCAACCCCAUCCAAACUCCUCUCUUCUUUUAUUCCUUCCAAACAACACUUCCAUAAAAGUCGAAAGCACCGACUGGCUCUCCUUCCAGUCCCUCAUCCAACGGCUCUACGCCUCGUCUUCUCCAGGCAAAAACUUAUUCACAGAACUUCUCGCUCAGCGACUCACUCGCCUCUUCGAGCAGGACGGCGUGCUCAUUCCUCGCUACUACAACGUCUACCGAACCAAGCGAGAAAGCGACAUUUACUGGAAAUGGAACCCUCUGCUGGUCCCUUCCUCCAUCAAAUCGCUGCAGGCGCUUCUCCGACUCAUCUGCUCGCACCUCCAGAAAGAGCCCAGCGCGUUUAUCUUUCUAGAGCCCGUCGAUCACACCAAAUUCCCGAGCUAUCGCAAGCUCAUCCCCAAUCCGAUGGAUCUUUCCACCGUCUCGCAUCGCAUCGAUCGCAAUUACUACUCGAGUUUCGAAGCGUUUCAUCGCGAUAUGCUCACCAUCUUUUGGAACGGCUGCAGCUUCAAUCCGUUUCACGACAUUUGGUAUCAGCAGUGCGUCGUGCUGAAGGUCUGCUACAUGAACAUCGUCAAACAGCUCGAAGAGAGCGGGGUUCUCAAUGCAAUCGAAGCAGCAUCGCGCGUGGAAAGCAAUCAAAUCGUUGCAGGAGAGAAUCGAAACGGGGAGAUCGUUUGUUUUACGUCGUCUUCGACGCCUUCGUGUCGAAUCGUCGCGAAGAACAGCGAGUCGUUCAAACGGAAUUAUUUCGAGAUUCAGAACGUGCGGCCGUUGGUGAACUAUCCUGUUCGAUUCGUGAAACGCGAUUUUGAGCGAAGGAAUGGAGACGAAAUCUCGGUGAAGCAAGGCGAUUUGGUGUUUGUUCUGAAGGAGGAAGGGGAAAUGUGCGAAGUAAUGCGAUCGGAUUUAGUCGAGAUGGGAAUUGUGCCGCGUGAUUUGCUAGAGGCGGAUGAAAAUGGAUUGUGGAAUCGGAUCAUGGAGGGAAAGGAGAUCAAGCGAGUUCGGAUUUUGAAGCAAGGAAAGCUUGUGAAUGGGAAUCAUUGUUAUUUGUAA